GUACAACAAAAACCCUGAGGAUUUUUCGUGUUCGCCGGCGGUGACAUUUACGCGCAGAAACGUUGAUACUCUCUCUCUCUCGACGGAAAAUUCUUCCUCGGAGAUAUGGUGACGGAGCUGGAAGAGCUUGUCGAAUUUUUGUCAUCUCCUUCACCGCCUGUGAAGAAAGCUGCGGUGGAAAUUGUUAGUGGUUUAACUGGUUCCGAGGAAGGUUUACAAUCUCUAUCAAAGUAUUCCGAGAUUCUUCUUCCAUCAUUGUCUCAGCUUCUAAAUGAAAGCAAGGAGGUAUCAGAGCCAGCAGCUCAAGCUCUUGUUAAUCUUUCUCAGAAGUGUGAAUUGGCAAAGAAGAUGAUUCAAAUGGGUUUGAUUAAAGUGGCCAUGGACAUGUUGUAUAAGCCAGAGUCUUGUAUUACCAGAUUACUUGUUAUGCUUCUAGUGAAUCUUACUCAGUUGGAUGAUGGGGUUUCUUCUUUGCUUCAGAUUGACGAUGAGAAGAUGCAUGGACUACAUAUCAUGAAGCUUGUUAGGUCAUUUUGCAGGUCUUCUGGUGAAACUGCUGAUGAUCAGUUUGAGCAUGUUGGUUCGAUCCUUGUCAACAUAUCAAAAACAGAAGAUGGGAGGAAAUUGUUACUGGAGCCAAAGAGACGACUAUUAAAACAGAUCAUUAGGCAGUUUGAUUCAACAAAUCAAUUGCGAAAGAAAGGGGUUGCUGGGACUAUUCGUAACUGUUGUUUUGAAGCCAAAAACCAACUCCAGAAUAUACUCUUGAUAUCAGAGUUUCUUUGGCCCGCUCUGCUCCUACCAGUUGCAGGCAGCAAGACAUACAGUGAGCAAGAUGUCGCAAAAAUGCCACCUGAGCUUGGAAGUGCACUGUCCAUUGAGCGAGAACCAGUUACUGAUCCUGACAUUCGCGUUCAGACACUCGAAGCUAUAUAUUUGAUCAUCUUAGAGGUAAAACAUUUCUCUGUCUCGCUUUCCCUUCUUGUGAACUCUUGUGAAGGACCAAUCAAACCCAAAACUUACAAAAGGUCCUCUGUUAUGUCAAAACUACUUUUGAUGUUGCAGGAGGCAGGUCGAAGGGCAUUUUGGUCAGUCAACGGCCCACGGAUUCUACAAUUGGGAUACGAAUAUGAAGAAGAUCCGAAAGCAAUGAGAGCCUAUGAGCAAGUCGGUUCUUUGCUUGUUGAGGAAGCUGGAGGUCCGGAAGAGUCGUUGGAGCCAACAAAAGCAGAGUCUUGAAGUUCAUUAUUUGUUGUUCUCCGACUCUAGUCCCCAUUAUUGGCUGCCCUCGCAAAGUAAGUUACUUAUCCUGUUAUGAAAGAGUUACUACUACAUCUUGUGCACUACUAGUUGUAACACUAGAUUCGUUAUUGACUUACGCGAUCUUAUUAGUGCUCCAUUUUCUAUUUUUGGUUGUAAUUUUAUUUUAUAUUAGACAUUAUAGUAUGUUAUCUUCGUUAGACAAUAUAUUUGUGUAUUCUUACACACAUUUUUUGCUACUUCUCUAAUUGUUUUGA